AUGCUCAGGAACAGCAACAAUAAGGAAAGUAAUGGCUCUGAGGGAGCAGCAGCAGCAGCAGCACAACCGGCGUGCGCUGCAUGCAAGCAUCAGAGGAAGAAGUGCAAAAGAGAGUGCAUACUGGCACCAUAUUUUCCUGCUGAUAAAAGCAAGGAAUUCCAAGCUGUUCACAAAGUCUUUGGUGUUAGCAAUUUAGGGAAACUUAUGAGUAGUGUCAAGGAGGUGGAUAGAAAGAAGGCGUCGGAAUCGUUCAUAUGGGAAGCUAAUUGCAGGCUAAAAGAUCCAGCUUUAGGUCCUCGAGGAGAGUACCUGAAAGUUUGUGAGGAAUUGAAGAGAUACCAGAAACUCUGCGAAGAUCUGAACCGGACAGUGCAAUUAUACAGAACGACAACACGACCGGGGGGUGUCGCUGGAUGGAAUGGGAAUAAUGGGAUGGGGAAUGGAAUCAUGAAUAGCAGUCAUAAUGCAUUCAACUACAACAACAAUAACGGUAAUAACUUGAUGGCAGAUUUGAGCUCCCAUGGUUUUCAGUCACAUUAUGUUCAGAAUCCAGAUGAAGUACUAAAGCAACAAAAAGAUGUUGGCCCUAUUGUUGUUCCAUACCAACAGCAACAGCAACAGCAGCAGAAUUCACUAUAUGCCGGAUAUCAUCAGCGAGCUUGUAAGCAAUGUACCCUCCUAGACAAUUUUCAGUAUGAGCUAAAAAGUACUGAAAUAUCAAUCAUUGUCAGUUAUCGAAACACGGUCAAUAUGGUUCGAUGA